GGUCCAUGUCGGUGCGGAGUCAAGGCGGGGACCCGCUGCCUGGGAAGCACUGGAACAGGGAGCUGGCCGAGUGGCCGAGGCAGAGGCUGAAUGGCCGUGACCGGCCUUGUAGGGAGUGAACGUCUGAGGGAGCGUUUGGAGGGGCAGGAGGGCACUUCCGUUUGGGGAGCUGCGAUCUGGGGAAUGGCCCUCCUUCCCUAAGGCAGAGCGCGGGUGUGGGAUAUUGUGGGUCUGGAUUGGAGUUUGUGGCCUGCGUCCAGCCUUAUGACCUUCAGAGAGUUACCAACCUUUGAGCCCUGAGCUCCACGCCAGACAAACGGGACAGUAAUCACCCUUGUCUAUCUCACAGCUCUUGGCGUGGUAAGCAGGUGCCGCAGAAAGCAGUGAUGUCGUAAAAGCAGUCUCCAACUGGUCAAUAGAUUUUAAUUCUGGAAGUCCACUUACAGGUUAUUGAAUAUUAUAAGAUAUUUAAGAAAAAAUGGAUGAAGAACCAGAAAGAACUAAGCGAUGGGAAGGAGGCUAUGAAAGAACAUGGGAGAUUCUUAAAGAAGAUGAAUCAGGAUCACUUAAAGCUACAAUAGAAGACAUUCUCUUCAAAGCAAAGAGAAAAAGAGUAUUUGAGCACCAUGGACAAGUUCGACUUGGAAUGAUGCGUCAUCUUUAUGUGGUAGUAGAUGGAUCAAGAACAAUGGAAGAUCAAGAUUUAAAGCCAAAUAGACUCACAUGUACUUUAAAGUUGUUGGAAUACUUCGUUGAGGAAUAUUUUGAUCAAAAUCCUAUUAGUCAGAUUGGAAUAAUUGUAACAAAGAGUAAAAGAGCAGAAAAACUGACUGAACUAUCAGGAAACCCAAGGAAACACAUAACAUCUUUGAAGAAAGCAGUAGAUAUGACCUGCCAUGGAGAACCAUCUCUUUAUAACUCCUUAAGCAUGGCUAUGCAAACUCUAAAACACAUGCCCGGACAUACAAGUAGGGAAGUCCUAAUCAUCUUUAGCAGCCUCACGACCUGUGAUCCAUCUAAUAUCUAUGAUCUAAUCAAGACCCUAAAGGCAGCUAAAAUUAGAGUGUCUGUUAUUGGAUUGUCUGCAGAGGUUCGUGUUUGCACUGUACUUGCUCGUGAAACUGGUGGCAUGUACCAUGUUAUUUUAGAUGAAAGCCAUUACAAAGAAUUGCUGACACAUCAUGUUAGUCCUCCUCCCGCUAGCUCGAGUUCUGAAUGCUCACUUAUUCGUAUGGGAUUUCCUCAGCACACCAUUGCAUCUCUGUCUGAUCAAGAUGCAAAACCCUCUUUCAGCAUGGCGCAUUUGGAUAGCAUUACUGAGCCAGGACUUACAUUAGGAGGCUAUUUCUGCCCACAGUGUCGGGCAAAGUACUCUGAGCUUCCAGUUGAAUGUAAAAUCUGUGGUCUGACUUUGGUGUCUGCUCCCCAUUUGGCAAGGUCUUACCAUCAUUUAUUUCCUUUGGAUGCUUUUCAAGAAAUUCUCCUAGAAGAACAUAAUGGAGAAAGAUUUUGUUGUGGAUGUCAGGGGGAAUUGAAAGACCAGCAUGUCUAUGUUUGUGCUGUGUGCCAAAAUGUUUUCUGUGUGGAUUGUGAUGUUUUUGUUCAUGACACUCUCCACUGUUGUCCUGGUUGUAUUCAUAAGAUUCCAACUCCUUCAGGUAUUUGAUUCCAACAUAUAGUGCACAUUGUAUGUGUUAAAAAUAAAUUUGUGACUAAAUAAAUGUAAAUAAAACGAUUCUUUAGAAGGAGCUCCAAUUAAAAUAUGAAGAAUAAUUUGAAAGGAAAAUCUGAUUUAAGAAACACUUUGCUAAGAAAAUGUAGUAUUUUAUUAAAUUAAAAUUUUUGUCCUGUCACAGAAAUGCCUGGAAUUCAUUGGAAACUUCAUUUAGUUAAUUUUGUUUUCUAUUAUUUUGAGUUAUAAUGUUCAAAGUCAUCAUACGUUAUUAUAUUUAAGUUACUUAAUGAUGAUUAAAUUGAUGUGAUAAUUUCAUUGUUUUAUAAUUAAAAUACAGAAUCUGUGUACAGAAAAAA